AUGAAGUUCCUCACUAUCCUCUUUGCGCUCGCUGUUGUGCAUACCAAUGCGCUCCCAACAACAAACGUUGAAGUUUCAGAAGAGGUUUCACAUCUCGAGAAACGGAGCUUUCUCAAUCAAAACGAUCUUGAAGCCGGACCUGCCUCUCAAUGCCCAGAGGCUAUUCUAAUCUUUGCUCGUGGCUCUACUGAGCCGGGCAACAUGGGUCUUGUGGCUGGUCCCGCCCUUGCUGCAACAAUCCAAGCCCAAUAUGACAACAUCUGGGUCCAAGGCGUUGGCGGUGCAUAUACAGCACUGAUUUCUCCCAACUAUCUUCCGAACGGGACAAACCGGCAGUCUAUUGAUGAGGGCAAGAGACUCUUCCAACUAGCCAACAUCAAAUGUCCAAAGACUCCAGUCAUUGCAGGCGGCUAUAGCCAAGGAACAGCCGUUAUCUGGAAUGCAAUCUCUGAGCUCGACGAGGUUGUCAGGAAUAACAUUGUGGGGGUUACUCUCUUUGGGUACACCAAAAAUUUGGAGAACAAGGCCCAGAUUCCAAACUAUCCUCCAGAGAGGACGGCAGUGUUUUGCGAAUAUGCUGAUGCAGUCUGUCUUGGAAUUAUGAUCCCUGUGCCAUCUCACUUUUUCUAUGCGGAUGAUGCCAUUGGAGCUGCCCCAAGGUUCCUGACAGCACAAAUCGCAGCCUAUGUGCCCCCGCAGUAA